CCCAGCCCGGACUGGAGAAGCCCCGCGGCCCGCGCCGACCGGCUGUCGCACUCCUCCCGGGACGCUCGCCGGACUCCCGAGCCGUCUCCAAUUGGCCGUCGGGGGAACGGAAGCCGAGGAAGAGCAGUGAACCCGGAAGUGCUUCGCCGCGGAGGCCCGGGCGACUCUUUUGAAUGGAAUCGGGCUGAUUCAUCGCCGGUUCGCGGAGCCGGAGCCCCGUGGAGUCUGAGCCGCCGCUGCCGCCGCUGCCGUCUCCGCUGCCUUCGCGUCACCGCAGGUGGAAGACGAUAGCCCAGACCGCGGCUGGCCGACCCCCCCGGCCUUCAGGAGUGAGAGAAAAAAAAUACUUGGGAAAAGUUAUACCUGCCAGUAUAAGCAAGAGCUUGAAUUAAGAAGAAAUUUGUCAAACUCAACGAAUUGAAGCUUAACACCUCAAGAGUUGUAGUCACUGACCAGAAAUAUGGACAGACUUCUUAGACUUGGAGGAGGUAUGCCUGGACUGGGCCAGGGGCCACCUACAGAUGCUCCUGCAGUGGACACGGCAGAACAAGUCUAUAUUUCUUCCCUUGCACUGUUAAAAAUGUUAAAGCAUGGUCGGGCUGGAGUUCCCAUGGAAGUUAUGGGUCUGAUGCUUGGAGAAUUUGUUGAUGAUUACACCGUCAGAGUGAUUGAUGUGUUUGCUAUGCCACAGUCAGGAACAGGUGUCAGUGUGGAGGCAGUUGAUCCAGUGUUCCAAGCCAAAAUGUUAGAUAUGUUGAAGCAGACAGGAAGGCCUGAGAUGGUUGUUGGUUGGUAUCACAGUCACCCUGGCUUUGGUUGUUGGCUUUCUGGUGUGGAUAUCAACACUCAGCAGAGCUUUGAAGCCUUGUCGGAGAGAGCUGUGGCAGUGGUUGUGGAUCCCAUUCAGAGUGUAAAAGGAAAGGUUGUUAUUGAUGCCUUCAGAUUGAUCAAUGCUAAUAUGAUGGUCUUAGGACAUGAACCAAGACAAACAACCUCAAAUCUGGGUCAUUUAAACAAGCCAUCUAUCCAGGCGUUAAUUCAUGGACUGAACAGACACUAUUACUCCAUUACGAUUAACUAUCGGAAAAAUGAACUGGAACAGAAGAUGUUGCUAAAUUUGCAUAAGAAGAGUUGGAUGGAAGGUUUGACACUUCAGGACUACAGUGAACACUGUAAGCACAAUGAAUCAGUGGUAAAAGAGAUGUUGGAAUUAGCCAAGAAUUACAAUAAGGCUGUAGAAGAAGAAGAUAAGAUGACACCUGAACAGCUGGCAAUAAAGAAUGUUGGCAAGCAGGACCCCAAACGUCAUUUGGAGGAACAUGUGGAUGUACUUAUGACUUCAAAUAUUGUCCAGUGUUUAGCAGCUAUGUUGGAUACUGUCGUAUUUAAAUAAAACAAUGCAAAAAGCUAUUGGUGAUACUUCCAGCAUAUAUUCCUCUAUUGUUCCUAAUGCUCAAAAUCAAGGGACCUCUGAAGGUGUGUUUGGUUAAAUGUAAGACAUCUGGCAUCAUUUGCAGCACUGUAACACCUUCAGUCUCAGUUGUGCAAUUACUUCUGUUUCUUUAGUCAGGGUCUUUGCAGAUUCCAAAGUUGUAUAAGAAUACAUCAAAGUGGACGAAUUUUGUUAAGAUCCCAUUUAAUAUUUGAAGAAAUCAGUAACACAAAUAUAUUUUGAUUGUUGCUUACAAAAUAAAAUACAUUUACAAUCUA